AUGUCUGGGAUAUUUGUUGAGGCUGAAGAGAGGGGUGCCACCAGAAACCGACAAGCGUUAUGUGCUCAAGGUGGACAUAUAAGCAGUACAUGGUACACAUGGACAGCCGUCAAGCGUGAUGCCUAUACCCUUCAGGACUCUGCCAAUGGCCACUCGGUCCAUGUCUGCUGCCAGGCAAUGGUCUGCAAUGGUCUGCAAUGCAAAGAGUGGAACACCUCUGAUGUCUUCGCCCAGCUUGCUGCAAGCAGACAAACUCAAUGCCGCGAAGGGCAAGUCCUUCGUAUCAGUAGUGGAAGCAAUCAAGUGGUUCUAUCAAUGGCAGGCCCAUCCAGAGGACCAUCAUAA